GACAGCGUUCCUCACUCUGAGGACAGCGUUCCUCACUUUGAGGACAGCGUUCCUCACUCUGAGAACAGCGUUCAUCACUCUGAGGACUACGUUCCUCACUCUGAGGACAGCGUUUCUCACUCUGAGGACAGCGUUCCUCACUCUGAGUACAGCGGUUCUCACUCUGAGGACAGCGUUCCUCACUCUGAGGAUAGCGUUCCUCACUCUGAGGACUGCGUUCCUCACUCUGAGGACAGCCUUACUCACUCUGAGGACAGCGUUCCUCACUCUGAGGACAGCGUUCCUCACUCUGAGGACUGCGUUCCUCACUCUGAGGACAGCCUUCCUCACUGUGAGGACAGCGUUCCUCACUCUGAGGACAGCGUUCCUCACUCUGAGGACAGCGUUCCUCACUCUAAGCAAAGCGUUCCUCACUCUGAGCACAGCGUUCCUCACUCUGAGGACUGCGUUCCUCACUCUGAGGAAAGCGUUCCUCACACUGAGGACAGCGUUCCUCACUCGGAGGACAACGUUCCUCACUCUGAGGACAGCGUUCUUCGCUCUGAGGACAGCGUUCCUCACUCUGAGGACAGCGUUCCUCACUCUGAGGACAGCGUUCCUCACUUUGAGGACAGCGUUCCUCACUCUGAGGGCAGCGUUCCUCACUCUGAGGACAGCGUUCCUCACUCUGAGUGCAGCGUUCCUCACUCUGACGACAGCGUUACUCACUCCGAGGACAACGUUCCUCACUCUGAUGACAGCGUUCCUCACUCUGAGGACAGUGUUCCUCACUCUGAGGAUAGCGUUCCUCACUCUGAGGACAGCGUUCCUCACUCUGAGGACAGCGUUCCUCACUCUGAGGACAGCGUUCCUCACUCUGAGGACAGCGUUCCUCACUCUGAGGACAGCGUUCCUCACUCUGAGGACAGCGUUUGUCACUCUGAGGACAGCGUUCCUCGCUUCGAGGACAGCGUUCCUCACUCUGAGGACAGCCUUCCUCACUCUGAGGACAGCGUUCCUCACUCUGAGGACAGCGUUCCUCGCUCCGAGGACAGCGUUCCUCACUCUGAGGACAGCCUUCCUCACUCUGAGGACAGCGUUCCUCACUAUGAGGACAGCGUUCCUCGCUCCGAGGACAGCGUUCCUCACUCUGAGGACAGCGUUCCUCACUCUGAGGACAGCGUUCCUCACUCUGAGGACAGCGUUCGUCACUAUGAGGACACCGUUCCUCACACUGAGGACUGCGUUUCUCACUCUAA